UUCUUUCGUUAGCGGGAUGGGGAGAGAGCAGCAGCAGCAAGCGGCCUACACGGUGGAGCAGCUUGUCGCCGUGAAUCCUUACAACCCGGACAUCCUCACAGAUCUGGAGAACUACGUCAACGAGCAGGUUUCAUCUCAAACAUACAGCUUGGAUGCAAACCUUUGUCUUCUUCGGCUUUAUCAGUUUGAGCCAGGUCGAAUGAGUGUUCCUAUUGUAGUCCGGAUUUUGAUUAAGGCUCUCAUGGCUAUGCCAGCCACUGAUUUUAGCCUUUGUCUCUUCUUGAUUCCUGAGCAAGUGCAAAUGGAAGAGCAGAUUAAGACAUUGAUUGUUCUCUCUCACUAUCUUGAAACUGCAAGAUUUCGUCAAUUUUGGGAAGAAGCAGCAAAGAACCGCAGCACACUUGAAGUUGUUCCUGGUUUUGAGCAAGCAAUCCAAGGUUAUGCAAUUCAUGUCCUCUCCUUGACUUACCAGAAAGUGCCAAGGCCUGUAACUGCAGAGGCCAUUAACAUCGAAGGUCUCUCGCUGGAUAAGUUCCUAGAGUAUCAUGUGGCAAACAGUGGCUGGGUUCUCGAGAAGGGCCACAGCCGCUCUCAGCUGAUGGUCCUUCCUCGUAACGAGUUCAAUCAUCCAGAACUGAAGAAGAACACAGUUGAUGGCAUGCCGUUCGAGCAUGUCACCCGCAUCUUCCCCAUCCUAAGCUGAAUCCAUAUUUAAGGCCACAUCCUGGUGGGAUUGAUUUCUAGUUACCAAAAUCCUGUUAUCUCAAGGGCUCGUCUUCCUUGUUGGUUAUGACUCCUGCUGGACUUCAUCAAACUUCUAAUGGAAUCCAUGUGUUUCAAAUUUUUUUAAGUACUAAAGCUUAUUUAAGGACUGGUGUCAAGUGAUGUAUCAUCAUACUUGGGAUUUUUGCAAGCUGCCAAAAUUUCUGAGCUCGCUUAGAAUGCUUCCUAUUAUUACCCUUUUGGGGGUUGCAUUUGCAAUGGCAAGUUGAAUACCUUGAAUUCAUCA